AGGAGAAUUUCUACUGCUUAUACGUUAAUAAGAGUUUGAUAACAUUCCUAGAAAAUAAAUAGUUAGUGCUUUUCCAGCUGCAAAUGCAUAAUUACUUGGACCGGAAAGUGAGAGGAAAAGAAAAGGAAAGGCCGAAAGGGGCAAACCCACCAAAAGCAAAAGCAGAGAGUAAAAGAGAAAGAAAGGGGGUAUCUAUCUUUCUACACAGGUGUAGGAAUUUGGAACCCAAUUCCCACUCAACUGAGAAACCACCAAAAUUUUGAGAUUUCCCUGAGCAGGGUUUUGUUGGUUCAAUCUCUCUUGUGUCUGUUAAUCAAUGGCCGGUGCUUCUUCAUCGUCUGGAGGCAGAUUCAAAUACGACGUUUUCAUCAAUUUCAGAGGCGAAGACACACGUAGGUGUUUCGUCUGCCAUCUUUACGAAGCUCUGAAACAGAGAGCACUCGACCCCUUCAUAGAUUCGGAAGAGCUUAGAAAAGGCGACGACCUUUCGGAGCUAUUCAAAGCCAUUCAAGACUCGAGGCUUUCGAUUGUAGUUUUCUCUAAAGACUACGCAUCUUCUAAAUGGUGCUUAAAAGAACUGGCCCAGAUCUUGGAGUGUAUGGAUAGGCAGAGGCAGAUUGUGGUGCCCAUUUUCUAUGAAGUAGAUCCCUCCCAUAUUCGCAACCUUGAGGAAAGUUUUGCAGAAGCUUUUGCAAAACAUGAAAGCAAUUCCAAAAUCGACAAAAAAGAGUUGGAGAGCUGGAAGUCCACUUUAACCAGAGCCACCAGUUUAUCUGGCUGGGAUUCCAAAUCCAAAGAUUAUCGGGAUGAUACCCAGCUUAUCGGCAGCAUUGUAGAAGACAUUUUAAAGAAAUUGAUCCACAUCUCACCAAGUAAAACCGAUGGCUUGAUUGGAAUGGAUUCUCACAUGGACAAAUGUUUGAAGAACUUCUGUCCAGAAUUCUAAAGGUAAACGAUCGACGAACUUUGGAUGGAGGGCUGAAUAUGAUGAGGGAAAGACUAAGUAAGAAAAGAAUUCUUCUUGUUCUUGAUGAUGUGGACAAUCUGGACCAAAUUGAAACCUUGAUUGGAGAGAAACCUUCAUUUGGUCACGGGAGCAGAAUCAUUAUAACAACUAGAGAUAAGAAGUUACUAGGUGGAUGUAAGAUAUACGAGCCCGAGUUGUUGACUGAUGAAGAAGCUCUCGAACUCUUUAGCAAGUAUGCUUUCAGAACAAACAAACGCUCAGAGAAUUACGAUGCUAUGUCAAGGUGUGCACUAAAAUACGCCUAUGGUCUUCCUUUGGCACUCAAAGUCUUGGGAUGUUUGCUUGAUAACAGGAGUGAACUGGAGUGGAAAUUUGAGUUGGAGAAGAUAAAGGAAAUCCCAGUCACGUCUCUUGAUGAUAAAAUUAGACGUGUGCUUUGGGCAAGCUAUGAUGGAUUGGAUGAAUAUCAGAAAAACAUAUUUCUAGAUAUUGCAUGUUUCUUUAAGGGAAAGAACAAAGAUUUUGUAACAAAAUUUCAUAAAAGUUGUGGCUAUCACCCCCAGAAUGGACUAACAGUUUUGGUAGAAAGAUCUCUUGUAAGUGUCAAUUUUGCUAAUUAUGAUAGCCUAGAGAUGCAUGAUUUGAUACAGGAAGUGGGUAGGGACAUUGUCCACCGACAAUCUACUGAAGAUCCGGGAAUGCGUAGUAGAUUAUGGAGUUAUGAAGAUGUUCACCAAGUGUUAGCUCAAAAUACGGCUACGAAAGUUGAAGGCAUAAUUCUAGACUUGUCAAAGUUCAAAGAGGUAUACGUAAAUGAUGAAGUUUUUGUUAGCAUGAGGAGACUAAGGCUACUCCAGCUUUAUGAAUAUUAUUAUAAAUAUGAAGAUGAAUAUGAAUAUGAUUAUGGAAGUGCAAGGAAUGAAUUUGCUUAUAGGGAAUUGACGCGACCUGCAGAUUAUGAACCUUGUGUACAGAAAGUGAGUGAGAACUUAAAGUUUCUUUCUCAAGAGUUGAGAAUUCUUGUGUGGCAUGGAUGCCCACUAAAGUCUUUCCCAAUUAAUUUUCUACCAAAGAAUCUUAUUUAUGUUGACAUGUGCUAUAGUCGUAUUGAACAACUUUGGGAAGGAACCGGGCCUUUGCAACACUUGGUACACAUCGAUUUAAGAUACUCAAAGUAUCUAAUCAAAACCCCCGAUUUCACUGGGGCAACAAAUCUUAAGAAAUUGAAGCUUAAAGGAUGUACCAGCUUAUUGGAGGUUCACCCAUCCAUUUCAGCUCUUAAAAGCCUUGUUGAGUUGGACCUACGAGGCUGCUCAAAUCUCAAAAAGUUUCCAAAUAUAUCCGGAAUUAUGAAAAAGCUAGAAGCACUUUACUUAGAUGAGACUGCAAUUACAGAAAUGCCCUUGUCAAUUAAUGAUCUUUCCGGGUUGCAGACUUUGAGCCUCGCUGGUUGCAGAGAACUCAGGAGUCUUCCGAGCAGCAUUCACAUGAAAUCUCUGAAAUAUCUUGUUCUAUCUGGGUGCUCGAAACUUACGGAGUUUCCAGAGAUUUCAGAAGUAAUGAAGAAGCUAUGGAAGCUUGAAUUAGACGGGACAACAAUUAAAGAACUACCCUCAUCUAUUAAUAAUCUUACGGGGCUUUGGGAGUUGAGUUUGACAAACUGCACAAGCCUUGUCUGUCUUCCGGACCAUAUCUGCAAUUUGGCAAGCCUCAAUCUGACUGGGUGCUCAAGCCUUGUCUGUCUUCCGGACAAUAUCUGCAAUUUGGCAAGGCAUUCUCAUCUCAAUCUGACUGGGUGCUCAAGCCUUGUCUGUCUUCCGGACAAUAUCUGCAAUUUGGCAUGCCUUUCUCAUCUCAAUCUGACUGGGUGCUCAAGCCUUGUCUGUCUUCCGGACAAUAUCUGCAAUUUGGCAAGGCUUUCUCAUCUCAAUCUGACUGGGUGCUCAAGCCUUGUCUGUCUUCCGGACAAUAUCUUCAAUUUGGCAAGGCUUUCUCAGCUCAAUCUGACUGAGUGCUCUAACCUUUCAAACUGGCCUGAGUACAUAGGGAAUUUGAAACCCUUGUGGCAAUUUGAAGUGGGGAGAAGUGGUAUAAAACAACUUACAUUCUCUAUCUUGCGUUUAGGGGAUUCAUUAUCAUUAUCAUGUAAUGGAUGUAAAGAGAUGACGGCGCCCUUUUCCUCGUUGCCAACAUGGAACCACCAAAAUCAGAGGAACUCUUUUCUGGAGAGUCUGGAUUUAAGUGACUGCAAUCUCUUGGAAUUAUCAUAUGGCAUUGCUCAUUUAUUAUCAGAUGGCAUUGCUCAUUUAUCAUUGUAUGAAUUAAACUUAUCCGGAAACAACAAGUUGGAAAGUUUACCUGCAGCAAUGAUUCGCCUGGGUCAUUUAAGACGGCUCUAUCUGAGAGGUUGCAAGAGACUGAAAUCAAUACCAGAGCUUUCAUCGAGUAUACAAGAAAUCGAUGCCCAAGAUUGCGCAUCUUUGGAGACAGUUUCAACACCACAGCCUCCGUACGCUGAGGACAUUCGCUUCCGAUUUGUUAAUUGCUUCAAGUUGGUGACCAAUACCAAUCUAUUUAUAGAUAUUGUGGAAACUGCUACUGAUAUUCAGGUUAUUUAUGAUCGUUAUAUUGGACCUCCUUACCAUGUAUCUCUUCCUGGAAGUGAUAUUCCAGAAUGGUUCAACCAUCAGAGUAGAGGGUCUUCCGUAACUGUGCAAUUACCACCCAACUGGCUCGCAAACAAGUUUCUAGGGUUCGCUAUAUGCGCCAUCGGUAACUUGCGGGGUGCUGCAAAUACAAAAACUCAAUCUGCUGUAUGUUGUUGUACCUUAGAAGCAAAUGAUGGUCAGGACAAUUUCUAUUUUUCUUUGUUCGAUAUUCUAGAUGGAACUGGCAUGCCUCUUGAAUCAGAUCAUAUGUUGCUGGGAUAUACAAAUUUACGAAGUUUAGGAGAGAGGCAUAAUGAACGCAAAUACACCGAGGCCAGAUUUAGGAUAGUGGCAAGCACCUAUGGAGUCAUCCCAAAUGAUUCAAUGACAUUAGAAGAUUGCACUUGGAUCACAAGUUGCGGGGUUCGGUUAUUCCACAUAAAUCCACCCUCGGUGGAUCUUAUUUGUAAUUUGGAAAAUAGAGAAACAGAGAUAAGGAGUAAGAGAAAGAGAGAAACACUAGAGAGAGGGAAAGAGAAGAUGGGGGUGGAGGUGCAGGAAGAGGGGGAGGAGUGCUCAGGAGGGCCCAUAUGCUGCUGCUUCUCGUUGAGUGGGUGUACAAUAUCGUUGAGAAAGCGACAAAAAGAAAAAGAAAGAGAGGGAGAGGGUGUUGCUGGAGACACAGGAUUAGAGUCAGAGGACGCGGAUGUCUCAGGGGAAGGGGGACUCCUCACAUUGUCUCUCUAGAUGUUGACGCUCAGAGCAAUUUAGUAUCUGUGUGAACAAAGAGGACAGAAGCAUAUAUCAGAUGGAACACUAUGUUGGGGUCAACAAGUUGGUGGUUGGAAGUUUAGAUUCAUCCUCUUAUGUAGGAAUCAACGUCA